AAAUCAAAAUGCAAAAUAUGCACAGCUGAAUUUUAAAUUUCUGACUUUGUUUAUCAAUCUGCACAACAGAAAAUCUGUUCGGAGUUCGUUCGAUGCACCCAGAACCAAAAUGUAGAAUUUUCAAUGCUUGUUUCGCGAUGUGAAAUUAUUCCCUUCCCCAGCCUGAACUACGGAUGAUAUUCGGAUUGUGAACGCGCAGCAUUUGUGCACGGACCAUCCGCGAACCCCGCGUUACGUCCCCCUUUUCGCUACAGGCACUGGGCUGAUCUGCCCGGGGAUUGGUUGCCACCAUGGUCCGAUUUUCGGAAAACUUUUGGGGCGAGAAAUGUCUGGGCUUCGACGUGCUGUACCACAACAUGAAGCACGGCCAGAAGUCCUGCAGUGAAUUUAUUGAGUUCGUCAAGGAGCGCAUGCUGGUGGAGGAGAAUUAUUCCAAACAACUGGGCAAAUUGUCCACCAAAGUCGGCGCCUAUCCGCAGCAAGGCACCUUUGCGCCCUACUGGCAAGUGCUCAAAGCGUCCACGGAGAAGAAUUCCAAUCUGCACCAGCAGAUGGUCACCCGGCUGCAGGAUCUGCUCAAAGAACUGCAGAAAUAUCUGGAUGAACAGACGCGCAAACAUAAAACGAUGAAGGACGCGGAGAACGACACGCUGACGGUGGUGCAGUCGAUCCAGAGCGUAACGGGCAGUCUGCACAAGGCCAAGGAGGCCUAUCUGACGCGCAGUGUGGAGCUGGAGAAGUGCCGGAAGGACAACGCCGGACCGCGCGAUGUGGAGCGCGCCGAGACGCGGCUGAAGAAGGCCAUGGAGGAGUACCGCAGUCAGCUGGACAAGUACGCCGCCACUCGCGGCGACUUUGAGCGCAAGAUGCUCAACACCUGCCAGCACUUCCAGGAUCUGGAGGAGCAGCAUCUCCAGCAGAUGCUGGAGUUUGCCACCGGCUACAAUAAGGUCCUGGAUUACUGUGCCGAUAAUCUGCGCGAGAUUUGCAACGAACUACGACAACAGACCGGUGAUUUGACCAUCGAGCGGCUGUUGCAGAUCUUCGUGGAAGCCAAGAGUACCGGCACCGAUCGACCAGCACCCAUCGAAUUCGAGGAGGCCCCGUCGUCCGGUGCGCCCAGCCAACCGCCGCCCUUAAUCCCGCCGCCGGUGCCCACCACGGCCAGUUUGCUGGAUUUCGACGGUGACUCCUCGUUCGGUUUCGGUUUUCCACCGCCGGCCGCCCCGGCGCCGCUGCCACCGCCCCUGGUGAUGGAAGAGGUGGCGGCCCCACCGCCGCCUAAAAAACGCGAAGGCAUUUUACGGUCGCAAUACGAGAAAUCCUCGACGACGCAGCCAGCGAGUAAAUGGCACCGGCUGGGCCGGUCGUCGCGUCACGAGCCCCUGAGCAACGGGGACGCGGGGGCGGCCGAUGGGCGGCGCAGUGUCCCGGUUGAUGUGGCCGCCGACCGGUGGCCGGUCGACCACGAGGCCGAAGACAGGGACAAGGAGAACGGCAUUGUGGAGCAGCGCCGCAAGUUCUCCUCGCUGCGCAAUCUCUUCUCAUCCAAAUCAAACGAAGCUGGGGAGCCGAAAUCCUCCUCGUCCGCUCACAGUGAUCUCACUCCGACCAAUGUGUCCAGUGCAGAGGACAAUGAUUUAGCGCGCAACACAGUUCGUGGAUCGAAAUGGUUCCUACGCGCACGCCGUGAUAAAACGGAGACCAAAAAAGACAAGGACGCCAAGAAGGAGGCCAAGAAGGAAGCGAAGAAGAAGAAGGACAAGAACGGGCCCAACAACGCCGCCAUGGCCGUGCCGACGGCGGCCGGGGAGGACGCCAAGAGCGAGAGCAGUUUCGGCAGUACGUCGCACGACGGCCCGCCCGCGGGCGGCGGCCACCACGCGCCCAUGGUGGACGCCGAGGGCUUCAUGAUCCGGCCCAGUGAGGACGAUGUGCGGAAGGUGCGCAAGGACAGCUUCGAGCAGUUCCGCGAGGAAUCCACCACCGAUUCCGAAUCCGAAGACGACAAGCCACAGAAACUGCACGUGGUCAUCAAACCGGCCACCCUGCAGCCCAACCACACCGGCCCGGUGGGCAGCACCGACGAACUGCGCCAACAGGCCAAAUCGCUGAUGCUGGGCAAUCUGGGCCACUCGUACACGGGCGGGAAGCGCGCCACGACGAAGAUGCAGGAGAUGAUGAAGCGCUCCACCUCCGUGGCCUCCAACAUGUUCCCGCCGCCGCCCUCGCCCAGCAGCGCCUCCCUGGUGGACGCCGCCGCCUCCGGGGGGCCGCCCAUCCCGCCGCAGAAGACCGGCGGCAGUGUGGCCAGCAAUCCCUGGGAUUCCACGCCGGAUUUCAGUGCCUUCAGCGCCGCCCCGGUGGCCCCCGUGGUGCCCAUCAGUCGAGGUAUUUCCAUUCUUCCACCGCCCCUGUCCGUCGCCCCGCCCCUGGCCGCCGCGCCCACCGUGGCCAUUCCCGUGGCGGUGGCGUUCGUGGAGAAGGUCUCCGCGGCCUUCAUCGGCGCGGAGGAAGCGCGGUGUCGCGUGCGCAUCGAGGGCGACCUGAUCCUGACCUUCCCCAGCGGCGUCCUGCAGACCUUACUAGCCAAUCCGCAUCAUCCGCCGCUGAGUUUCGCCCUAACCCAGACGUCGCUGCUGGAGAACAUCCUGCCCAACCGGCACCUGGUCAGUCAGGAGACGCAGAUCGACGACGGCCGCAUCACGUACACCGUCAACAUGCUCAAUCUGGUCAGCCAGCUCAAGAAGCAGGUGGAGGCCAAGGCGCAGCCGCAGCCCUACCAGAACAUCCCCGUCAUGAAGUACCAUGUUAGCGGCACGGGCGCCGCCGCCGCGCCCAUCUCCCUGAUCGCCUACUGGAAGGAGGAGGAGCGCACCACCGACAUGCGCAUCGACUACCGCCGCAGCGCCGCCUACCCCUCCUUCCACGCCGCCCCCUGCCAGCUGAGCGUCCCCUUCCAGCCCGACGUGGAGGUCACCUCCAUGACCUCCGUCCCCGCCGGGGACUGGACGCCGGGCGGUCCGCUGCCCUCCGCCAAAUGGAGCGUCCCCGCGCCCACCGCCGAACUGAGCAGCAUCAAGGCGCGCUUCGAGCACCCCCCGGAGUCGCGGGGGCGCGUCAAGGGGGCCGUGCAGUGCGCCUUCGCCGCCGAGGGGACGCUGCUCAGUCGCGCCGCCUUCCAGCUGUUGGGGGCGGGGUUUAAGGUGUCGGUCGUCAAGAUGCGCGUGGCCUCGGCACGCUACGUCUGUGAAGUGGGAUAAAAAUCGGGAAAAAUGCGGGAAUAAUCGGAAAAAAUACAGAAAAAGUCGGGAUUAUUCUGAAAAAUCGGGAAGAAUCGGUGUUUUCCUUAGGGGAUCCGUUUUGCCGCGGGGAAAUGGGAUACCAGUGAUCAGAAUGUAAUUUUUAUCCGGUUUUUUUUGUUUAUUUACGCGUUUUCCAAAUGUUGUGUGGGCGUCAGAGAAAGAGGAAAUUAGCUUCAUUUUGGAAAUGAAUGAUUCGUGGGAAUUAAAUUCGCAAAUUCUG